AUGUCAAAGUCUGCAUCCAAAGCUAAGAGAGAAGCAAAGAGAGCUGCCACUGGUAAGAAGCCAAAGCUCACUAAGAAGGCUAGAGAAAAGGCUGAGGCUGGCGAGGACGGAGAGUUGGUCGAUGAGGUCGCCAACUUGAAGUUGCAGCAAGAUAAAGAUGGUAUUUCAGACAGAGUCACCACUGGUGUUUUAGCCUCCCUUGAGACUUCAAGAGAUGUCAAGAUCACCUCUCUAUCCCUUCUGUUCCACGGUAAAGUUCUGAUCCAGGAUUCAACUUUGGAGCUCAAUUAUGGCCAUCGUUAUGGUUUAUUGGGAGAGAAUGGUUGCGGUAAAUCUACCUUCUUGAGAGCUCUUGCUGCUAGAGAAUAUCCAGUUCCCUCGAGCAUGGAUAUAUACUUAUUGAAUGAGCCUGCUGAGCCAACCGAGUACUCUGCAUUGGAUUACGUUGUCAGAGAAGCUCAAGCUGAACUGGUUAGGCUUGAACAUCUUGUUGAGGACAUUAUUGUCGAAGAGGGCCCUGAAUCAUUGAAGUUAGAUCCUCUUUAUGAGAGAAUUGAUGAGAUGGACCCAGCUACCUUUGAAUCUAGAGCUUCCAUCAUUUUGAACGGUCUGGGUUUCAAUUCUAAAACUAUUCUCAAAAAGACCAAGGACAUGUCCGGUGGGUGGAGAAUGCGUGUUGCCCUUGCCAAGGCAUUAUUCGUCAAACCAACCAUUCUUUUGUUGGAUGACCCAACAGCACACUUGGAUCUAGAGGCUUGUGUGUGGUUGGAAGAAUACUUGAAAAGAUUUGACCGUAUUUUGGUGUUAGUCUCCCAUUCCCAGGAUUUCUUGAACGGUGUCUGUUCCAACAUGAUCGACAUGAGACUUAAACAAAUUAUGAUGUUUGGUGGUAACUACGAUUCGUAUGUCAAAACUAGAACUGAAUUGGAGACCAACCAAAUGAAGCAGUAUGCAAAGCAACAAGAAGAAAUUGCUCAUAUCAAGAAGUUCAUCGCUUCUGCUGGUACAUAUGCUAACUUGGUCAGACAGGCUAAGUCCAGGCAAAAGAUUUUGGAUAAGAUGGAGGCUGAUGGUUUAAUUCAACCUGUUGCCCAAGAUAGAGUCUUUUCCUUCAGAUUCCCAGAAAUUGAGAAGUUGCCACCACCAGUUUUAUCAUUCGACAGUAUAUCGUUCAGUUACGACGAAAACCCAGAACACAACUUGUAUGAAAACUUGUCAUUUGGUGUUGAUAUGGACUCUAGAAUUGCUCUUGUUGGACCAAACGGUGUCGGUAAGUCCACUUUGUUGAAACUUAUGACUGGUCAGUUACAGCCACAAAGCGGUCGUGUCUCUAAGCAUACCCAUAUCAAAUUAGGUGUCUAUUCCCAGCACUCUGCUGAUCAAUUAGACCUGACAAAGAACCCACUGGAGUUUGUCCGUGAUAAGUUCUCUCAUAUCUCCCAAGAUUUCCAAUACUGGAGACAACAGCUGGGUCGUUAUGGUCUGACAGGAGAGGGCCAAACUUCCCAAAUGGCCACAUUAUCGGAGGGUCAAAGAUCCAGAGUUGUGUUUGCUUUGUUGGCACUGGAGGCCCCUAACAUCCUUCUGCUGGACGAGCCUACCAAUGGUCUGGAUAUUCCAACUAUUGACUCUCUGGCCGAUGCCAUCAAUGCCUUCAGUGGUGGUGUAGUGGUUGUUUCCCAUGACUUCCGUUUGUUGGACAAGAUUGCCAAGGACAUCUUUGUUGUUGAGAACAAGACGUGUACUAGAUGGGACGACACUAUCUCCAACUAUAAGAAAAAGCUGGCCAAGAAUGUUGUUUUGUAG